CUACGCGGCGCUAGUUCUCAUUUAGCUCCAGCCGAGAUGGACACUUUUUCUGUUGUUCUGUGGUCUUUCAUUAGUAUUGUGUCACUAAUUUUCAUUUAUUUCAAGAAAAAAUAUUCGUAUUGGAAAGACCGUGGCGUGAAUUAUGUUGAACCGACAUUUCCCCUUGGAAAUUUAUCAAUUCGGAAGGAGCAUUUUAAAGAUUUCACUAUCAAGAUCUACAAGCAUAAAAAUGAAGACCCUUUCGUGGGUGCCUAUAUGCUAACGAAGCCAAUAAUUAUCCCAACAAGCCUCGACUUCAUUCAGAGCAUCCUGGUGAAAGACUUUAGUAAUUUUCAUGAACGCGGGGGAUAUCACAAUGAAGCAGAUGAUCCCUUGACUGCCCACAUGUUCGCCGUGGAUGGAGAAAAAUGGAAAUUUCUACGCACGAAACUAUCUCCGACAUUCACCUCUGGCAAGAUGAAGUUCAUGUUCCCAACAGUGGUUGAAGUAGCGAAUCAAUUCAACGCUACUCUUGCAGAUAUUGUUAAGCCGGAGGCAGAGCUGGAAAUCCGAGAUUUACUCGCCAGAUUCACAACAGAUGUGAUUGGUUCUUGUGCUUUUGGAAUAGAAUGUAACAGUUUGAAAGACCCAAAUUCUGUAUUUCGUUAUUAUGGAAGGAAGGUGUUCGAAGACAUCAAAGUUGGACCAAAAAUAAUGUUAGCUCUUCAUUAUCCGAAUAUAGCAAGGAAGCUGCAUGUUAAGGUGUUUGCAGCAGAACUAACUGAGUUUUUUCUAAAUACAGUUCGUGAAACAAUCGAUUAUCGCGAGAAAAAUAAUGUUAAACGGAAUGAUUUCAUGAAUUUCCUAAUCCAACUGAAAAACGGGGAGAGCAUUGACGAUGAAAGCUCUAAUCAGAUGAAAAAAUUAACUAUAGAGGAGGUCGCAGCGCAAGCCUUUUUAUUCUUUAUCGCCGGUUUUGAAACAUCGUCCACAACGAUGACAUAUUCUUUGUAUGAGUUGGCCCUGAAUCCUGAUAUCCAGGAAAAAGCCCGACAGGAAAUCGAUGAAGUUUUAAAGAAACAUGAAGGAAAAUUGACCUAUGAGGCCGUCCAAGAAAUGACAUACAUUGAUCAACUAAUAAGUGAGGCUCUUCGCAAAUAUCCUCCGGUCGUUUUCCUUAGGAGGAAAGCUGCUGGAGACUAUAAAAUACCAAAUACGAAGAUAAUUAUUGAGAAGGGACAAGAAAUUAUGAUCCCCGCAUACUGUAUUCAUCAUGAUCCUGAAAUAUACCCGAACCCGGAAGUAUUCGACCCAAAUCGCUUUACUCCAGAACAAAUAAAAUCUCGGCACCCUAUGUCAUUCUUGAGUUUUGGUGAUGGCCCUAGAAAUUGUGUAGGGUUACGUUUUGGUCGGAUGCAAACACGAAUCGGUCUUAUCACUUUAUUAAGGAAUUAUCGGUUCAAACCAUCCCCCAAGACUGCAGUCCCACUAAUUUUUGACCCAGCGAAACCAAUACUAGCUCCGAAAGGUGGAAUGCAUCUUGGAGUCGAGAGAAUCGAGAGAAGUUAAUAUACUACAUAGGAACUAAGUUUUCCAGAUAUUGUAAUUUAAUGUAUUAUUAUCUUGCUUGCUGUAAAUUAAAAGUGGGGAUAUAUAUUGUGA